AUGGCUUCUGCUGAACCGGGUCGGAUUUUCGCCUGCGUUCUCUGGCUCCUGUUCUUCUCACUCCCGUUUUCGUCCUCUGUGGAACCAUCCAGUGAGCUUUCUUUAGUUGCUGCCGAGUCUGCUAGGUUACAAUUAUCUCAUGGCAUGCCAGUAAAAAAUUCUCCUGGUUCCAAGCCUGGCACUUUAGUGUUGUGUGAAAGAGUUCAUAUCCGUGGAUUGUCAAGGCUUAAAUAUCUUGGAAAGUUUGCCAACACUGCGAAGCUGAAGAUAUCAGCAACAAAUUCAAGCAUUCGCAUACCGGCCAUUGAGGUUUGUCUCCACAGAAAUACAUCUCUGGGGAUAGGGAUGUGCCCUCACAGCCAAUGGGAGAAGGUUGCCAAGGACUCCUGGUCUGGGUCCAUGUCACCCUUUGAGGACAAACUCUUAGAUAUACGGACAGCUGGUUCAUCGUUAGAGAGCUUUGAGGUGUCCAUUGAAGAAGAAUUUUUUAGGUAUCGCCUAAUAUUUUUGAUAUUGGGCAUAAUCAUUAUGAGCUUGGCGUCCCUCCUGAGCAAAUCAUUAGUAUUUUAUUACAGCAGUGGAAUGGCAAUAGGGGUGGUCCUUGUCAUCUUGAUUGUACUUUUUCAGGGGAUGAAGCUUCUCCCAACUGGUCGGAAGAACUCUCUUGCAAUUUUUGUAUACUCGUCUUUCGUUGGUUUGGGAUCUUUUCUCCUCCGCUACAUACCUGGGUUAUUGCGUUCAGUACUCACCGAGAUCGGAGUUAGUGAAGACAUGUAUAAUCCUUUGGCUAUAUUUCUUCUGGCUUUUGUUUUUCUGGCUGGAGCAUGGUUGGGCUUCUGGGCAGUCCGCAAACUGGUUCUGACAGAAGAUGGAUCAAUUGAUAUAAUGACAUCUCAGUUUGUUUAUUGGUCCAUCCAAAUUGUGGGUGCUCUUAUGACUUUUCAGAGUUCUGCUGAUCACCUUCUGGCAGCGGAAGCUACAGUAUUUGGAUUCUUAGCAUCGGUAAUAUUGAAGAAAAUCUUUAGAUGGAGAUUCCUCCGUCGUGUGUACAGGAAAUUGUCGAAAUCACCCAGAAAGAACAGCAGAAGAUUGGAGAUUCCUGAUUCUCCACCUUCUCCGCCUUCUCCACUGUCAGAUUCAGGGUUAUUUGCUUCUACCUUCCACACCACACCUGAAAGGAGAAAAUUCUCAAAAGAAGAGUGGGAAAUGUUCACCGCAGAGACGACAAAGCAAGCCUUGCAAGAACUUGCUUCUUCUCCUGAUUUUCACAGAUGGUGCUCCUCAAAUGUAGAAAGAAUCAGUGUAGCCCCCCGGAGCACGAGAAAAGUUGCUGAUCAACCGCGCCAUUGGUGGCUUCUUUAG